AUGGAGACGGCUGUGUUGACACGAAGUGCUUUAUUACGGAGCAUAAUCUUAUCACUUGACAAACCUCUUGGCCCGUCGCAAACCGCCGCCAUCGCGCGGCAGCUCGUCGAUAAUGGCCUCUUGACAGCAGGCCCUGAUGGGACACAAGGCGGUAUCUGGGCGCCCGUGACAGAACUACAAGGGAAGUUCGUGGAGCAGCUGCUGAAGCACCUCACCAAAGGCGAGGCGGCCUUCCGUCCCGGUGCCGCCGUGCUGCUUGGCCUUGUGUGCUUCUACGUACCCGCCCGGGCCUUUCUGUCCUCGUACGGGGAGUGGUCCACUGCCCUGCUGGAGGUGGUCCGUCGUGAUUCGGGAGCGGCCUCUCGGGCGGGGGCCCUGAGGGGGUUAGGGGACCUAUUCGCCAGGGUUCGUCAGCUGCUGGAUGUCCCCGGCGUGCGGCGGGAUGCAUCCGGCAUCGGGGGCCGCACCCUCCAGGUGGCCACACCGCUGCUCACAGACAACGAUUGUCAAAUGUCAGCGCUGGCAGCCGUACACUCCGUACUGCAGGCGCUGCCCACCGUGGCGCGCAACCAUACAGCUUCCCUGGAGCGCAGCCUUACGAGCCUCAUGGCCGCGCCCACUGCGACACCUGUCGCUCGUUGCGGCGCUGCGGAGGCAUUGGCGCUGCUGCCGCGAGCGGCUGCUGACGACGCGGCCGCUUGGAGCACCCUCAUUCGCAAGGUGCUGCUGUCGCUGCACACCGCCCUGGAUCUGCUGUUGUACCACGGCGGUGGUCUGAGCGCCCUCGGCGGGGGCGGCGGCAGCGGCGUUGCAGCGCCGGACGGGGGCCUAGGCGAGCGCGCUAGGGAGCAGCUGGAGGCGGUGGGCCAGGGUGUGGCGGAUGCGGAGGGGCUGCUGGGGGCUGCGGGCUUUGUGAGUGGCGCCGGUGGCGGCUCGGCGGCGGCGGUGGUGACGCGGCCUGACGUGACGCUGACGAUACAGGUGACGGUGGCUCUGUUGCAGUGCCUGGUGCACCUGGUGGGCCGCGGAUCCACCUCCCCCGUGCCCGUACCCACACACGCCAUAGUACUGCUGGUCAUGAGGAUGUUGAAAGUGGAUGCAGCGGUGCUGCUGGCGCCCGGUCGUGCGGCUCCCUCCGCUUCCGCCCAGUCCACAGUGCUGGCCCUGCUCCCCGACCUGCACGUGAGCGGCUGGGAGCUGCUGAGCCUGACUGCCCGGGUGGUGAAGUCCACGCUGAUGCCGCUGACGGCGCUGGUGUGCAGACUGCUGGCAGAGCACCUGCGGAGGAUUAAGGCGGGCGGCGCGGGAGGCCUGGCCGUCACCAUGUCUGCCCCUGUACGGACUAGCUUGUACCGCACUACAACAGUUGUACUGCGCAUCGGCGGCUUCGCUGCGGGUCGGUACCUGGGGGCGGACGUGGUUGGUAUGCUCGUCACAGAGCUGUACGGCCUGAGCGCCAUGCAACAGCAAGAGCAGUCCAAGGGGUCUGCAGGAACCGGCGGCACCGCCACUGCCAGCAUCGGCGGUCGGGCCCCGGCGGCGGCUGCUGCGGCGGCGGCGGGCGUAUCAGUGGCAGCGGCCAAAAAGGCCAAGACAGCAGGCGAUCCUCUGGCGGGUUUCGACGCGGCGGCGGCGGCUGCGGCGGCGGCUGCGGUAGCGCCGGUGGCGUCGCCGUCAGACGUCGAAGCCCAGGUCGCCGCACUUGAGGUGGCGGAGGCGCUGCUGCAGGUGUACGGUCCCGCGCUGUCUACCGAUCUGCGCGGCCACCUAGACGCGCUGUCGUACCACAUGGUUGCCGUGCUUGGAGAGGCGGCGUACCGCAUCGCCAAGGAGCCAGGCACCGGCGCUGCUGCACGUGCUGCUGACGUGGCGACCCUGCGUGUCGCCGCCACCCGUACCCUGAUUGCCAGCCUGGCGGCGCCGUGGACCUCCCGCCACCCAUUUUUCAACGAGGGUUUGCAUCUGUUGUCCGCAGGGGCCAGCGGCACCGGAGGGGUGGCGCUGGCGGAGGUCUGCUCGGAGGGCCUACUCGCCUUGGAGGGGCUGCUGCGGCCGCGGAGCAGCCCAAAGUACACGGGCGCGGCGCGUGCCGGCGGCGUCAGCGGUUCCGCCGCCGGGGGCUCCACGGGUUCGGCGCAAGGCCUUCACUUACCCCGGCCGAGGCUGUGGAGCAUGCUGGACCCGGUGCAGCCGCAGCUGCCGCCAGCAGCGGCGGCGGCGGUUGAUGGUGCAGCAGCGGUGGCGGGCCAGAAAUCAACUGACGAGAACCAGGUCUUAGCAGUGCCACAGCCGGCAGCGGCGGCAGGGGAUGAAACCAUGGCGGCAACAACUGCAGGCGAAGCCCAUACGAUGGAUGUCUGUCCAGCUGACGGUGGCAAUGGCAAGGAUUGCCAAACUUCGAGUGUGGGGCCGAGCACGACACGGCCGCAAAUAGCCGCAAAAGAAGCUGCGACGGUGGCAGCAGCGGUGAAGGGCAAAAGCGCACACGGCAAGGCUAAACGCGAAAGGGGGAAAUGGCCGGAGCCUGGCACCGCUACAGAGCCCUCAGUUAAAGGGAUCGAAAAGCGGCAAAAGGGGGUGGACGUGAAAGCUGCCGCGAGUGCAUUGGAUGCCAUGGAGCUGGACGUUACGGAGCAGGCGGCAGCGGCGGCUGAGGGGGCAAAGAAGAUCGAACCGGCAGCCAAUCCAACUCCACCAUCUGCAGUGGUGGCAGCAGCUGGGCCCACCGCUAGGGCUGCGCCGACGGCACCGGUUGCACCUGCUGCUGCUGUCUUUGGUGACGAGACUGAGGACAGCGAGGGGUCCCUGCCGGAAAUCGACUCGGGGGAUGACAGCGGCGACAGCGAUGACGACUAG